CCGAGUGGGGACAGGCUUGCUCGAGAGCGCUUCCGCCGCCCCCUGCAGGCAUGGCGGGCGCGGGGCUGCGCUGCAGGCGCUGCCUGGGCCGGGCGGCGGCCCUCCGGUGGGGCUUCGGGCGGGCGCUGAGCCACGAGCGCGGCGAGUCGCGCAGCGUGGAUGCCGAGCCCAGGAGGACAAGCCAAGGCCCAAAGAUCUACACGAAGACCGGGGACAAAGGAUUUUCCAGCACAUUCACUGGGGAGAGGAGAGCGAAAGACGACCAAAUCUUUGACGCCUUGGGAACGCUGGAUGAAUUAAGUUCUGCCAUAGGGUUGUGUGCUGAAUUUGGCAGUGAAAACGGACACUCCUUUGUAGAAGAGCUUCACAAGGUACAGUGUAUGCUGCAAGAUGCCGGCUCCAAUGUGGCAACGCCAAUCUCCUCUGCCAGAGAGUCUCACUUAAAACGAACAUCCUUCCAUGAAAAGCCAGUUCUGGAGCUCGAAGCAUGGAUCGAUCGAUACUCAGACCAGCUUCCACCUCUGACAGCUUUCAUUUUGCCGUCCGGAGGCAAGAGCAGUGCUGCUCUCCAUCUCGCCAGAGCGGUCUGCCGCAGGGCUGAGAGGCGUGUUGUUCCUUUAGUGAAUUCUGGAGAAGCAGAUGCAAACGUGGCCAAGUAUUUGAACAGGCUCAGCGACUACCUGUUUGUCUUGGCCCGCUUUGCUGCAAAAAAGGAAGGGAAGGAAGAAAAAGUCUACACUAGAACGGAACCUUAAGCAACCCCCGAGGUCGUCCAUUGCAGGCUGCAGCCUCAGAAGAUGUGAUAGGAAGAGGCUUAAAAUGCAAACAGACGCUGUCCUGAAAAACACUAACACCCUUCGUAGCUUGGGAAAAUCUGCCAUGAGGAAUGGCAUACUAAUGGCCAGUAUUGGCCACUUUCCAUUUGACUCCAGCGUGAUUGAGAGAAAUAAGAGUCAUUGCAGUCAGUAAAGCCGCGGUGCAUUCUAGCAGGUGUUGUAAACUGAAAAAGGAGGCAGCUGAUACACAAAGCUCUUUGCCGAGAGAUCACAUGCUUGCGUUCUGGUGCUGCUGGAACUUGGCAAUGCCGCAUCUCCCUUCUGUGCCAAGCGCAGCCUGGUUUUGUUUUUGGAUCACGUUUUGGCUGAGACUGUUAGUUCAUGGAUCCCGGCUGCAGUAAAUGCUAUACCUGACAGACAUUGCAGAGAUUCAAAGGCUGUGGCCAACAAAUACAAAUUGUGUGUGUGUGUGAGAGAGAGUG